AUGUUGACGCGCACACUCACAGAUCUGACAAGAACCUCGCUCACGAGAUUUAAUUCUGCUCUUGUUGGCAAUUGCGCCAAGAGAAGCUUUCAUCAUUCUGCAUCUGCUCUGGGUUACAAGAAAUGGGCAGACCUUGGCAUCAAGGAUAAACAGACUUUUAUUAACAAAUAUAUCGAACUUUACAAGGAAAAACACCCCUGCAGUCCCAGCAAUACCAUGCAUCGGAACCUGGUGAGCGAAAUGGAAGAAUACGAGGACGCUCCGUACGUUUUCGGUAUAGUUUAUAAUGAGAUCAGAUCGCUAGCACAAGGUGAAUCGGUGCACAACGUGGAAGGAAGUGGAGUGCUUGGAGAUCCUGAAUUUCAGAAACUAUUGCUCGACUAA